AUGCAAGCACAGACGACAAGCAAGGAGGCGGGUUCCUUCGUCGAGUCUGGGGUGCACGGCUCCGCCAUGUCAUCAACCCUUCCAUCGCAAGGGCAGCCGCCUAUCGCCGAGCUCACACUACCACCCAUGCCCAGGAGGCAGUCGUGCGAUCGUUGUCACGAACUCAAGGUCCGCUGUGUCACGGAUGGGCAUGACAACAAUACACUCGGUCUCGGGGUCAUAGGCGAAGAGAGUGAAGCUAGUCGUGGGAGGUCGGUGAUAGCGCCAAUACCUUGUGCAAGGUGCUCCAAGGCAGGGGCGGUUUGCAUUUUCAGUCCCCAGCUCCGGUCCGGCCGUCCAAGGGUACACCGACAUCCGGUUAGGAAAAGAGCGAGGCGGUCAUCCAGGUGUCCAUCUUCACCAGCCGAACUCUCCCCAACUCAUUCCCAGUCCCUAUCACCGAGACCCUCUGCAUUCAACUUCCCGCUACCGGAGACCAGGCCAGGUAUUGAAAGACAAUCACAAUCCCGAACAGCGCCCUUACUUCUGUCGACAACUGCAUCGCCAAACUUUGACGUUGUCUAUAGGAGACCCGAUUUGAACACUCCAACAACACUUCUGUCAGACUUUGGGUUGCCAGGACACCAAGGUCAUUUCCCAAAUAGACAGGACCACUUCCAUCCUCUGCCACAUACGGCCGAAGAUUCCAGUAGUGAAUUUGGGCCUUCUUUUUCCGAAAGCAUACUCAGCGCAACCUCAGCGACAACCGACAAUACAUGGAUGUUUUCCGGCUCAGCCGAAAAUCUUCUUGAAGAAGCCACUCAAGCUAACCUCCGCAUCAAUCGCGCUGGAAGAAUGUUGAGUACCCUCGCCCGAGCGCUGUUGACAGUAGCUUCACCAGCGAUCAAUGAAAUCUUCGAUGCAGGCUGCUCACUGAUCAGCUUCAUGGACCGUUACGCCACACGACAAAUGAUAUCACCCCACAUACCCCUGGAAAGGAGGAGAGCCAGUUCGGAUGUGUAUAGAAUACCCCAUGGCGCCAUAGGAAGCUCAGCACCCAUCAGCAAGGCUACCGAUACUGCCAUUUCUCUCAUGGCUCUGGCCUCCCACCAAAUGCUCUUGGGCAUUUUUGAAGAUCUUUGCAGUUCAUUUCUCUCGCAAAUCAACUCGGGUCAGGCAGCCACACCACCCAACACGCCAUCAACGGGGGCCUUCUUUGGCUCAUCGCACAGUCAGAUGCUUGCCAUGACCAACUUGAUCAGCCAUCUCAUGGAGCAGCUAGAUCGUGCUUUGCGAUCAUUGGCAGUUGGCCAACAAGACGCUCCCGAAGGUUCCGAAGGGCUUAUCGCGGCGGCAUCGGUGGCGGUGGCUUCGACACAUGACGCCGAGUUUGAUCAUGCGCUGGGCUUUGGUCAUCCUCCACCGCCUAGCCAGGCACAUCAAGAACCGGAUUUCGAUGGACAGAAACACAAUAGAAGAACGCCACAAACGCUACAGGAAGGUGUAGUCAGCGUAAUUUUCAAUCAGGUGGAGCAGCGGCAAACUCGAGCAAGAGAACAAGUCCUUAUGUUGAGAAGGUUGUUAGGGGGGAGAAGUUGA